CAGGAAAAAUUCAAGCUCCAUGCCUUGCUAAAGGAGAGAAGAUGUUAUGUUGGGGAUAUUGGUCUUUCGGAUUUCCUGGAUCAGGUAGUACUUUACAGGCAGUCAUCCCUGAACCUCGAACCAGUGGAUUCAUUCAUGAGAGGAGUGUCAAGGAAGUGGCUUGUGGGGAAAACCAUUCUGUGUUCUUGUUGGAAGAUGGGGAAGUCUACACAUGCGGUGUGAACACCAAAGGGCAACUUGGUCAUGAGAGAGAAGGCAACAAGCCAGAACAAAUUUAUGCUCUAGCUGAUCAGCACAUCAUCCAUGUGGCCUGUGGUGAGUCUCACAGUGUGGCUCUUAGUGACCAAGGCCAGCUCUAUUCCUGGGGUGCAGGGAGCGAUGGCCAGUUGGGCCUUACAACAAGAGAAGAUUCUGUAACAAUUCCAAGGUUAAUAAAAAAGCUGAACCAAGAGAUGAUUCUUCAGGUCUCAUGCGGGAACUGGCAUUGUCUAGCUCUAGCAGCUGAUGGACAGUUCUUUGCAUGGGGACAGAACAACCAUGGACAGCUUGGACUCGGUAAAGAAUUCCCCUCUCAGACCACUCCUCAGCGUGUCAGAUCACUUGAUGGGAUCCCUUUGUCUCAGGUGGCCGCAGGUGGAGCACACAGCUUUGCUUUGUCCCUCUCAGGAGCUGUGUUUGGCUGGGGAAAAAACGCCUCUGGACAGCUGGGUUUGAGUGAUGAGAAAGAUCGAGAAUCUCCUUGCCAUGUGAAACUCUUAAGGACUCAAAAAGUUGUCUAUAUCAGCUGUGGAAAUGACCAUACAGCUGUCCUGACAAAGAGUGGAGGAGUAUUUACCUUUGGUGCAGGAUCAUGUGGGCAACUUGGCCAUGAUUCAUUGAAUGAUGAAGUCAACCCUAGAAGAGUUUUGGAGCUGAUGGGCAGUGAGGUGUCCCAGAUCGCUUGUGGUAGACAGCACACUCUAGCCUUUGUGCCUUCUUCAGGAAUGAUCUAUGCAUUUGGUUGUGGAAUGAAAGGCCAGCUGGGAACGGGGCACAUCUGCAGUGCUAAAUGUCCUUCCCCAGUCAAGGGCCACUGGGCAGCUCAUAAUGAGCAAAUCUCUGGUAGAGCAGAUACUUGCACGUAUUAUAUUGUUAAACAUAUAUUCUCUGGAGGAGACCAAUCAUUUGUAAUUUGCUCAGAAAAAGAGAAUUCUGUACCAGCUGAUGAUUUCCGGACCAUAAAUCAAAGUGACUAUACCUGUUUGAUUAAUGACAACACAAUAGACAUGUGGAGGCAAAAGCUUUCUGAAAGAAAUAACUCUAAUUCAGUGAACAGUGAGGUUGUGCAGAUCUUAUCUUCAGCUGCUUGCUGGAAUGGAAGCUUCCUUGAAAAUAAAAUAGAUGAACAUUUUAAAACAAGCCCCAAAAUUCCAGGAAUUGACUUGAAUUCCACCAGAGUGAUGUUUAAUAAGCUAAUGACAUCUCAGCAUUCUACAUUGCGUGAUCAGAUCUUGAAGAGCUUUGAAAGCUUUUUGAUCCCCCAGCUGCCUAGCUCCCCGCCAGAUGUUGAAGCCAUGAGAAUCUAUCUGAUUCUUCCAGAAUUUCCUCUAUUUCAAGACUCAAAAUACUAUGUAACCUUAACGCUUCCUUUGGCAAUGGCCAUACUGCGCCUGGACAAAAAUCCCAGUAAAGUUUUAGAUAACUGGUGGUCUCAGGUAUGCCCAGGGUACUUCUUGAGGCUAGUGGAUCUCUACAAAGGUGCUGUGAUUUAUCUCUUGAAUGGGAAAAAAACAUUGCUGAUCCCGGUCUUGUACAGCAGUUACAUCACAGCUGCACUAAAACUUCUGGAGAAACUUCAUAAAGUAAAUCAGAAAGCUAAGCACAUAGAGUAUGACAAGUUUUAUAUCCCAGAGAUUUCUAAUUUGAUAGAUAUUCAGGAAGACUACCUGAUGUGGUUUUUGCGUCAAGCUGGAAUGAAAGUAAGACCAUCUAUCAUGCAGGAUACUGUGACUCUGUGCUCUUACCCUUUUAUCUUUGAUGCACAAGCCAAGACCAAGAUGUUGCAGACAGAUGCUGAACUGCAAAUGCAGGUGGCCAUUAGUGGAGCAAAUCUACAGAAUGUCUUCAUGCUUCUCACGCUGGAACCCCUUCUGGCUCGAAACCCAUUCCUGGUCCUUCACGUUCGCAGGAGCAACUUGGUUGGUGAUGCUCUGAGAGAACUGAGCAUCCAUUCAGAUAUUGACUUGAAAAAGCCUUUGAAGGUGAUCUUUGAUGGUGAGGAAGCCGUGGAUGCUGGUGGGGUCACAAAGGAAUUCUUUCUCCUGCUGCUGAAAGAGCUCUUGAAUCCCAUCUAUGGAAUGUUCACCUGCUAUUCAGACUCCAAUCUGCUCUGGUUCUCAGACACUUGUUUUGUUGAGCACAAUUGGUUUCACCUAAUUGGCAUCAUCUGUGGUCUGGCUAUCUACAACUUCACCGUGGUGGACCUCCACUUUCCCCUGGCUUUAUAUAAGAAACUUCUAAAUGUGAAGCCCUGCCUGGAUGACUUGAAGGAGUUAUCUCCCCUGGAAGGAAGGAGCCUCCAAGAGCUUUUAGAUUAUCCUGGGGAGGAUAUUGAAGAAACAUUCUGCCUCUACUUUACAGUGUUGGAAAUACAGAUAUGCAGAGAAAGUUAUGGAGUAGCAGAGCAGAAAAAUCUUGUUCCUGAUGGAGACAAAAUACCUGUGCAGAACAACAACAGGCAGGAAUUUGUGGAUGCCUAUGUGAACUAUGUCUUCAACCUUUCGGUGCAUGAGUGGUACACUGCUUUCUCAAGUGGCUUUCUUAAGGUGUGUGGUGGGAAGGUUCUUGAACUCUUCCAGCCUACCGAGCUAAGGGCCAUGAUCGUGGGAAGUAGCAACUACAACUGGAAGGAACUGGAGGAGAGUGCAGUUUACAAGGGAGACUAUUCAGCUACACACCCAACAGUACAAAUGUUCUGGGAGACAUUUCACGAAUUCCCUUUGGAAAAGAAGAAGAAAUUUCUUCUGUUCCUGACUGGCAGCGACCGUAUCCCCAUCUAUGGCAUGUCCAGUUUACGCAUCAUCAUUCAGUCCACCUCCAGCGGUGAGCACUACCUGCCGGUGGCCCACACCUGCUACAAUCUCCUUGACCUACCCAAGUACAGCAGCAAAGAAACCCUGAGCACACGACUUACUCAAGCCAUUGACCACUACGAGGGUUUCAGCUUGGCCUGAGGGCAAGCCAACCCCAACAGAGACAAUUCUGAAUUGAAAGAAAAUCUUGUCUUGUUCUUCCUUUUGUAAGGAAACAGGACAAGUUGCUCAGGGAAGCCUGGGAGGGGGGAAGGGAGGUGCAUAGGAAAACGGAUGCUCACAAAGGUCUAUCAAUGUUUCUCGGGGUUUCAAUAUAAAUGUUUUUGACCUAUCCAGCAAAAUCUGUUGAAACUUAUUUUAUGCUUAUUGGAUGACCUGUCUUGGUUUAAAAUGGCCUCUCUCUGCUUCUCCGAAGCCUGUUGAACUACCUUUAUAUUUCUGAGAUAUCUCCAUCUUUUUCAAAAAUAGACUCUGCCAACUGUGAAUUCCUUUCCAUUUUCUUCCCCAUCAGCCCAGAACUGCCCUCUUUUGCUAAUAGAUCAGGUUUCUCAGCUCCAGGGAUAAUUUCUUUAUGCCUUGAAGGCACCAAGCUUGGUUCUGGAAGAGUGGUGAGGGAAGGAAAUGAAAAGCUUACAUGUUUUCCCCCUUUACAUAAUUUUCCCCAUUUCAUAUUGUUUGCAGAAAAUGAUUGAUGGCACAAAUCUUCUUAGCCUUUUCUUUGACCAGAAGAGCCUCUUCUGUAGCAGGUUGGGAGUUGGAAGGCAGCAGAGGUCAUGUAAAAUUGGAUUACAGGACUUGAAUACUUUAUUUUUGUGUUAAUUGUUCAGAGAAGAAUUUGUGUUUCAAUGCAGUAUUUUUCAUUUUCUUUUCCCUCCAGGGAUGGGAAUUUCACAGCAUAGCCCAUGUUUUCUUCCCACCCCACCAGGUGCAAUGUGUUUCUUGCAGACUCCUACUGAACGUCCCUUCACCAUACUGCCUGUCUUAUCAAUGGAAGAUGCAUUAUUUUUUGGAACAGGCCUUCUCUGCCGCCACUGAGGUCCAGGGCCAGAGUACAGUGAGGUGAAUGGAAGAAAGCUGAUUAGCAAUUAGCAAAUCGCUCCCCCCCCCAUUUAUUAUAAAAGUCAUGGUGAAUAUUCCUCCCUGCCAGAUAAUUGUAUCAUAUGGUGGCCCAAGUCCAGUUAAAGUUGGUAAUGACUGAGUCCCAUGGAAAAUAAUGGAAUUAGUUCAUUUGGGACUGAAGGGGGUAAAGGCUAAUUGCAAUCCUGGUCCAGCUCAGCCAUGAAAAGUUUUGUUUUGUUUUUUCAGUCAGCCAAGCCAGGUGGAUUUUAGUCGUAAUUUAAUUUUGGUUGGUAUGGAGCCACAGUACUUGUGUACCUUUUAAUUCAACCAUGUUUUGCACUUCCCUGAUGAAAAGCUUUAAAGGCAUUAGGGGGUCACUUUGCUGUUUGGGUAGCCAAUCAGCUUCUUUCUACUGCAACUUUAAAAGAACUUUAACAAAUGCUUAUUUUGUAUGUGUGUGUACAUAGCUCAAUAUUAUGCAAUAAAUGGAAUGUUUCCUUCAGACUUUAUAUUAGUUUCGUGAUGCUU